AUGACAGUAUUGUCUGCACAUGCAAACCUGAGUUUCAAAACAGUGUAUAAUUAUCCGUCGCGAAGGUAUUUGAGAGAUGCAGAUAACCCGUUGGAAGUUUACGAUGACGACGAAUUCCGAAAACGUUACCGGCUUAGCAAAGAUUCGGUUGUGCAUAUUUUGCUGCCUUUGUUGACUAACAACAUUAAUGAAAACGAUCGUGGACUACCUUUAACGCCGAUAUUACAAGUGCUAAUUGCCUUGAGAUUUUACGCAACAGGCAAUUUUCAGAUUGUUUGUGGCGACUUGCACAAAAUUUCUCAAUCCGUAGUAUCAAAAACGGGUUUCCAGGUGUAAUUGGAUGUAUUGAUUGCACACACAUUCCAA